AUGAGCGUUUCAGACAAAAUCGAGGCUCAUUGGCAUAAUGGCAAAGAGAAUGAUCUUGAAAACGCGGCGAACGGGCUCGAAAACGGUAUUCUUGAUGAAAAUUACGUGAAAAAGGGACAACUUUCAGGUGACAAAGCGUCAGAGGAGACACGCCGAGAUCUGGGGGAGAUCAUUGUGUACCUGCGACAGCUAGCCGACUCAAACGUAUCUAACACUGCCCUACUGCAGCAUGUGGAUAGUACUGUUGUGCAAACGCAAGUCGAACUUGAUGGUCUGGCUGCGCGAAGUUCGAACAACAAUAAACACCUGCAGAGCUUGUUGCUGUCGACUCAGGAUGUUAAAAAGCUACAGAGCUUGAUUCAGCUGCUGAGCGAGCGUCUGAACGAGGACAACGGCUCCAAAAGCAUGCGAAAUGCAGGCUGUGACCCGACAAUCGAACAAGAGUUGCAAAUGUUUCGGGAAAAGCACGGCACGUUAGAAAGGCUUUCGCUUGAAAUAAUGUCCAAAGAGACACAGCUCAAGCUUGUGGAGCAGGCGCUGGCGCAUUCUACUGCAAGACUUGAGGAUCGCAAAAACGAGUUCGAAUCGCUUCGCAAGUCUCACCUUGAGCUCGACGACCGCAUUAAUCACGAUUUAAUACAGAAAUGGCAAGAUAUACAGGCAAACACAGCAUUUUCACGAGAACUACUCAAAGAGCAGGGCGGCCCAGUGCCGCUCUCGAAGAUGAACCGAAUUACGUCGAUGCUCCGUAGCAAAUCAGGUGUUCACGAAGGACGACGAGUCAUGUCGUUGAACAUCGCGGACACGUUCCGGCCUUCCACGCCCCCGCCAAAUAACUCUGACGACGAGAUAGACAAAGAAUCUGACCCACCAGUGGAUAUGAACCAGCAAUGA